GCUUGUUUUUCAAACCAACUCUUUUUCUUUUCUAACAGCUUCUCCUGAGAUUGUUGGCCACAAGCGUAGUGAGAACAAGAAUGAGGGGGAAACAGCCGUGCUGUACUGUAAGUCUCUGGGCUAUCCUCUCCCUGUGUGGACCUGGAGGAAGUUUGAGAAUGGUGUUUUUCGGGAAAUUGACAACAACACUGAACGUCACUCUAUCAGCAGCAAAGACAACUACACCGAGCUCCAGAUCACCACUCUGGAUAUUAUUGCAGACCCUGGAGAAUACCACUGUAACGCCACUAACAUCAUUGGCAGCCGUGACGAAAAGUCUAUCCUGAGAGUUCGCAGCCUGUUGGCCCCCCUGUGGCCACUGCUGGGGGUUUUGUUUGAGAUCAUCAUCCUGGUCAUCAUCAUUGUUGUUUACGAGAAGCGUAAGAAGCCAGAAGACUUACAGGACGGUGAGUCACCACUUAUAAAACAAAACAACUUCGUUUGUUUUUGUUUUAAUGGCGUCCCACUUGAUCCAAGCAGUAAUUGGUUUUACCGUAAAGGUGUUGACGUCUUUGCGUCUUUAGUUUUGCCAAAGAUGUCACCACCAGAGUCACCUGACCCUGUGCUGGGCCUUAACUCAAUAAUUCAGCCUGGCAAGGUUGACCCAACAGGCAGAAACUGUUGCAGGAGGUCGCACCUUGUCAGGACAAUUUCAUCCAUUUAAUAUUCAUGAGGAAUAUGAUACUGCAGUGUUGCAGUGUGGGCGCUCUUAAUUAUUUACAUCUUUCCAAGGACCUUGUGCCGUACCCAAGCUGCUGCCACUUUACCCAGGAGACCUCAUUCAGCUCCACAGCCUGUGUUUGUCAUCCUGGCAUUCUUUUAAUAAGACCCGGCCAUUUGCUUUAUCGUAAAUUAUGUAUUAAUGGUAUUUGGACGACCUUUUUCUCUCAAACAGAAUUUUGAUGUUGCCACUCGCUGAUUAGAGAUAUCACACAGUGGCUGACUAAUGAUUCAUGACUCUGAAUAUAUUCAUAUUGUGACUCAUUACGUGGUUGGAAAUGAAUGAUCCAUUCAGAUUAUAAUGCAUAUUUAGCAUCUGAAAUAGAAAUACAAAAAAAUACCAUUUUAUAAAGUGUUGCUGUUGUAGUUUGAUCGUGAUUUAAAGCAUAUAGUGUUAACUGUCAAGACAAAAUCAGCUUCCUAAGAGAAAACUUUUAAUUUGGGUAAAAAAAAAUAACCCAAGAACAUCACAGCGGUGAAUUUCUUUUUAGGUCAAUAAAU